AAAUCCAACCACCCAGGUUCCAAACCCUUCUUCCUCCCGAUUUCAUGUCUUCCUAGUUCCUCCCCUGGCGGAAGCCCCCGCCGGCACAGUGAUCGUGGGGAAGGCGGCGCCAGAGGAUCCCAAAUCGCUGACGCCUCCUCCUCCUUCCGCAGCCAUCCGCCAUGUGAUGAGGAGCAGCAUCUAGGAGGCACAGCUGAGCCUACAUCUUCCCAAACGAUGCAAGAGCAGGAAUCGUCCAUUGCUGCCGCUUCCUCGUCCUCCCCGCCGGCUCCAGAGGCAGGUUCUCAUGUCACUACUGAAGUGGUCCCACCAGCAUCAGGCCUUCCUUCUACUGGGUCACUCUUCUGGGUUCGGCGAAGAAACGAUUGGGGCUUGAGGUUUUACAUCAGGGUUGAUCUUCAGGGGUCAUUCCAUACAUACCCUGAUCUGGAUGGGCCAUUUCAAAGCUUACAGGAAGCUCAGAAUGCUAUCGACCGCCAUCUUGAUGCUCGCCGGGUUCCGAAAAUGUGCAUGGAACAAGCCAAGGUUUCUGUAACAGAGAUGGCUAUACGAAAAUGUCUUUACUGGCCUGAUGGCACAAGGAAGAAGUGUUCAAAAUCUCAUGCAAUUGAGAAAGACUGUGAUGACAAGCGUCGAUUUGUUCAAGCUUUAGUGGACAAUUAUAACAAGGAUCACAACCUGUUUGGGGUUUGCUCUCUCCCGCCGUCACUCUCUGUCCUGCUACCAGGGAUAUUGCAUAUGAACUUAAAGAUGUUCUGCAUCGCCAAUCAAUUCCUGAGAACCGUAUGGUGUACUAUCAUUUCGAUUUCACAGCAAAGACUAAAGGAGCUGAUGAUUUUGACACUGGCACCGACAAUCUAUUCUUUGCUGAAGUGCAAAGUAAGCGACAAGGAGAACAUGAAGAAUUGGUGGUCAGCUGUUUCUGCAUGGUUAAGCCUAUUGAUAAUGGUAUUUUAUACUCUCAUCUUAGAUUAA